AACUGGUUCUUGACUUAGUGUCGAUUAAACUGAUCGCGCGAGCAGUCAUGUGCGCUUCUAGCUCGCGUUUGCUUCCCCGUCGUGAGAAUGCCAUCCGUGUUUGAUUUAUUGGCGCGUAUUGGCGGUGUGGGCAGUGAAUGCAAUUAUUUUUUACUUCACCCUUAAAUCAUAUCAGUGAGUGCUUUCUCCUUCAAUUCAAUUGAUUGCAAAAUAUGACCGCCGGUUCUAAGUCGGAAGAACAAGUUUGUAGAAAAUCGAAUCGACGAGUUGCGCAUCGCCUCGUGUGAUACAGGGUUCGAUCGGUGGUAGUCGAAUGUACGGUGGUCAUUUAGGUUUUGUCGUUCGUGACCAUGGCAUCGAUUGGGAGUUGGUGGCGCGUGGUGCAAAACGAAAAGGACCGUUCGAGUGGGCUUGAGAGUGAUUUUGAAUAUCGCGAACGAUGGAUCACAAUACGAUUGGUGUAUGUGAGCGGCUUUUUAAUGUUUCUAUCGUUUGGCGUGGUGACGACUGGACUGUGGCCAUACCUGCAAGACAUGGAUCCCACGGUUGGCAAGCCGUUUCUGAGUGUCGUAUUUGCCGCUCCACCUGCCGGUCAGUUGAUCUUUAGUCCACUUAUCGGCUGGUGCUCGAAUAGAUUAUCAUCAAUCCGCGUUCCGUUCGUGAUACUGACAGCUUUGUUUGUGUUUGGCAAUGGGCUGUACAGCAUCGUGGAGCUGUUCCCCACACCGCACCGAAGGUACGUCCUACUGUUGGCAAGGUUUGUCUUUGGCAUAUCGACGUCAAUCAAUACGCUUAGCCGAGCGUACAUAUCGACGGCCACUAAGCUGUCCGAGCGAACCGGUGCCAUAUCGAUGAGCUCGUUGGCUCAAACGUUCGGGCUAGCAGUGGGGCCCAUCAUUCAAGCGGCCCUAUCAACCAUUGGCAAGGAAGGAUUAAUGUGGUACGGGCUGCGGAUUAACAUGUACACGAUGGCGGGGUGGAUUUGUGCGGCCCUUGGCGUGGUGUACAUACUGUUUCUGAAUCCUUCCUGCUUCGUGCAUCGUACUAUCGCCGCCCAGGAAGCGAUGAAAACGACCGGAUUCAGCAAAGCGACGGAUACGUACGAACCGUUGAAAAUGUUCUCGAUCUGGACGGUCAUGAUCGGUUACAGUGUGUUGAUGUUUUUCUACGUGUCUGUUCAAACCGCCCUUUCACCGAUAUCGCUCGAUCAGUUUGGCUGGAGCCACGAGGAAUCUCUGUAUUACCUGGGCAUCUUAAUUACGGGCGGCACUUUGUGCUCUUGUGCCGUGUUUCUGCUGUUGCCUCAGUUAUGUAAACGGUUUCAGGAGCACAAUGUGUUUCUAUUUUUCGCUAUUGUACCACUGUUUAUCAGUCAAGUGGUAAUGAUACCGAUGGGUAGCAAAUCAAUUCCAAUGUUAGAUUCGUCGAAUAAUAGAAGUACGGGCGAUGGCGGUGGCGGUGGCUGUCCAAUCGAACAGGAAUGGUGUAAUUCUAUUCCUCCCAUUAAUCAAUACCAAUUAACUAUCUCAUACACGAUGCUGUGUAUUUCGUUCUCGGUUGGAAUAGCCAUUAGUCAAACGAUUCUUUCGAAACUGCUCGGCACCCGGCCGCAGGGCAACUGGAUGGCGCUGUACACUAGCAUUGGCGGACUAACGCGCAUCAUAGGACCGGCCUCGGUAGUGGUGUACGUGCGUUUCGGAACUUAUUGGCUGUUUGGUUUGGGUGCGAUGAUAUCGGGGCUGCUACUGAUAUGGAUGUGGUGCUACAAAAGUCAUCUGCGAACGACUAAAAAGAUUAACCACGCGGAAGAAAUGCAGCGCAUGGCCAAUGGAGUAGCGGAAUGAUACGGCGAACAGUCAGAACAAGAGAGGAUGCGUUAAUACAAUU